CCGCCCCUUCCCUUCUUUUCUAAUCACUUUCCUAUUGCAGCAACCGUCAGUCGUUGUGGACAGAGUUUGGUAGAAGCAGCCUAAAUCAAGAUGGUGGUUGUCGAGGAUUUAAACGACCCCCUUGCGGACUACAUCCGAGAGCACAGGGUCCCUGGGCUGAUGCCAGUCGGUGACAUACGCGUUUUUCCAUCCGGCGUCGUGAUGCCGAGGGAAUUCACAAAUUACGUCGAAAGGGUUAAAAACUUCACAGUCCGCCCGGACGAUGUUUGGGUCAUCUCCUAUCCAAAAUGCGGUACAACUUGGACUCAAGAAAUGGUUUGGCUCAUUGGAAAUGACUUGGACUACGAGAGCGCUAAAAACAAGCUUCUCCUGCAACGGUUCCCCUUUCUUGAAGCCGUUGGUAUAAUUUCGAGUGAACAGCUACGCGGAAACGAUGAUGACGACUGGGUUUUCAACGCAGACACGAUUUCUUUUACGGAAGAGCUCCCAUCGCCGAGAUUUAUUAAAUCGCAUUUGCCCGUCAGCCUCCUUCCUGACCAGAUUUGGACAGUGAAACCUAAGAUGAUUUAUGUAACGAGAAAUCCAAAGGACGCAGCUGUCUCUUACUAUCACCAUCACAGGCUUUGGAACGGCUACAACGGCAGCUAUCCUAUUUUCAUGCAAGCGUUUCUUCAGGACAAAUUGGUCUACAGCCCUUUUUGGGAGCACGUCGUCGAGUACAAGAAACUCGAAAAUGAGCCCAACCUCCUCAUAAAUUCAUUCGAAGAGAUGAAGAAGGACUUGAAAGGCGUUGUGAGAAAAACGGCCGCCUUCUUGAACAAGACCAUGACCGAAGAGCAGGUCGAAAGGCUCGCGGACCACCUGAGCUUCGGAAAGAUGAAGGACAACAGUGCGCUCAACGGUGAGGAAAUGAUCAAGGAAGUGAAGCAGCGUUGCGGGCUCGAUCCUUCCGACCCCCAGCUCAGCUUCAUUAGGAAAGGUCAGGUGGAUUCUUGGAAGGAGGAAAUGUCACCGGAUAUCGCGAACCAGUUCGACGUCUGGACCGAGAAAAAGAAGAAAGAGCUUCUGGCCAACGUCAAAAAUUAAUGACGUCGAGUCAUUUUCUUGUGAUCAAUCAACGUUUAACCAGCAAUCAAGUGAUUAUUUAUGUAUUACGACCUGCACCUUCUAUUUAUUUGUAAUUUAUAUAUUAUAUUGUUGAAUCUUUAAA